CAUGUAUUUGCUUUUAAUAUGAACUUUGCAGGCAUAUGGUGUAGAGUUUCCACCUCGAGAGGAAAAUAGUGUACCUUUAUUUACACCACCACAAACCCAGCCAAUAGUCCACAUGCCUUCAGCUUAUGAGGAGGCUGCAGUUGAGGCCUCUCUUGAAUCAGAUCCUUCUGGACUCAGUGUUUCGGAGAUUCAAACUGCUGAGGGACUAGCAGAUGUUCUAGCGGAGAUGCUUGGUGCAUUGGAUCCAAAAAAUCCUCAGGCCGUAAAGGAGGAGGUGAUCGUCGAUCUUGUCGAACAGUGUCGUUCUUACCAAAAGCGUGUUAUGAUUCUUGUGAACAACACAGUAGACGAGGAUCUGCUGUGUAAAGGAUUGGCACUCAAUGAUGAUUUGCAGCGAGUUCUUCGUAGACAUGAUGAUAUUGCCAAUGGAACCUCAACAAUUACAGUACAGCCCAGAGAAACUCCUGUUGCACCCCUCAUGAAUGUGAAUCAUGAGGAUGAUGAGUCAGAAGAUGAUUUCUCUCAUUUAGCACGAAGAUCUUCAAAGGAUCCAUCGCAGGCACAGGGGCGGAAGACUGUUGAUGUAAAGAGUGAACCUAUGCGAAUUACCCCUACUCUUCCUCCCCCACCUUCAUCAAGGAGACCAGUUUCUACUGAUGCGGGAAUGGUUGAUUAUCUCAGUGGUGAAAGGUUUGAAUCUGAAAGAUCUUUUGGAACAGCAGGAUCCUCACCUAUUGCUGUCUCAACUAAUUCAAACAAUGUGAGCUCCAUCCCGCGAUCAAGUCCCAAGCCUUCUUCAUCCGCACCCCCUUCGGAUGAUUUGCUAAACCCAACAGCUGAUGAUGAUUUCGUGAACCCCACUGCAUCCUUGUUUACUGGAAAAAGCAACAAUGGCGAAUCUGAUACAAAAGCCAAAUCUGCUGAUCACUUGCCUCCAGCACCUUGGGAUGCUCCUCCUCCUACCACACUCCCUCCACCACCAGCCAGAUAUAAUCAGAGACAGCAGUACUUUGAGAAAAAUGUUUUUGGUGGUGGAUCGAGUUCUUAUGAUAGCGUAGUUGGACAAACAAAGAAUCUCUCCAUUAACUCUUCGUCGCAAUCCAAACAAGAGAAACCUGAGGACGCACUGUUCAAAGAUCUUGUUGAUUUUGCAAAAGCCAAGUCUUCGUCAUCGUCAAACCAAUCCAAUAGAUCAUUUUAAGUGAUUGUAAUGGAUAUGAAUAAUUUGUGGUGGUAUAUAUCAGCUUUUACAUCUUGUAGACAAUAAAUAUUAAACAGAACUGGGUUCAUGGAUUACUGGAGCUGCUCCCCCUGCUUUGUUUUAGUUGUGAACCUUGGGCUUUCAGCUCCAAGGUGAGUGAGUGUAGCCGACAUGAGAUUUACAGAUUGGUUAUUAUGUAUUCUUUUCUUCCUUUUCAAUUGGUUUGUAAUCAUAACAAUACUUGGGUUCUACUAUGUCUCAAUUAGUAGGGAUGA